AUGGCUGCUGCCGAUUCUCCCAAAGAGACGAGAAGCUCCGUCUUUGCGCGGACGGCGAAUUUUACAACGAAACGAGCUCUUCGAGCGAAAGAGAAGGUGAUGCAGAAGCUCGGCAAGUCGGCGGCUACGAAAGACGAGACGUUUGUUGAGUUUGUCGGAAAUUUUAAUAAACAGCAGACGAUGGCCAACCGUUUGAAUAAGGAAGUCAAGAAAUAUAUGGAUUCAUUGAAGAGUAUGUCUACUGCUAGUAAGAAUUUAGGAGAUUGUUUUCAUGAUUUGUACGAGCCUGAAUGGGCACGGCAGGCUGAAGUUAGCCAGGCACUAAAUGAUUUAUCUCAAUGCCAUAAUGAACUACUGACGACGUUGAAGCUGCAGCUGAGUGACCCAGUGACUACAUAUUUUGCUUACUUCUCUGAUGUCAAGACAAAGAUUUCUAAACAUGAAAGGAAGGUUGUUGAUUACGAUAGAAGAAAAAGGCAUUUAGAGCAAUUACGGAAGGACAAACAGACAAAAGGCAAAAUUAGUGACACAAAAUUGGCACAAGCUGAGGCUGAAUUUGAAGAAGCACGACACGUUUAUGAUGAUCUUACUAAUGAGUUAUAUGAAGAGUUACCGACAUUCUAUGACAGUCGAAUUCCAUUUUACGCAUCAAUAUUUCAAAGCCUCUACUUGGCAGAGGCAGCGUUCCACUCAACAGUGACAGCUUUGAAAACACAGUUGAAUGACUUGAUGGACGUGGCUGCACAAGAUGCUGCGACGAAGGUCCACAGCACAAGAAAACCGAGAAUGUCGUCGCCUGUUUCAGCUUUGGCUUCAAGCCUGGAGAAUCCUCCAAGCGAUGAGGCAAACAUGGAUGAGGAUGUACAGCAAGAUGCAGAGGAACACGACGUGAGCGAGGAUCAGGACGAUGAAGUAGCAGUAGAACAAGAAAAAUCGCAGGAAGAUGGAGAGGAUCAAACGUCUAAGGAAGAGACGAAAGGGGAGCCUUCCAUUCCUCAAAGGCGCGACAGCAUUAAGAAGAUGAAAGAGCUGGCAAAACCAUCCGCACCUCCUAGACCGUGUCUACCUUCUCAUCAAGCUCCUCAAAAGCCAACCAAAACACCACCAGUCUCUCUCUCUGGACACGAAGAUGACGAACAAGCUGAACAAACCGAACAAGCUGAGCCAUUAGCAGCAUCACUGCCAGAAGAUCACGCAGAGAGCCCUGGGAAAAGUGAUGAUGUGAUUGAUUCAAGUGUGGUCUAUAGGGUGAUCACAACGCAUGAGUAUCAGGCACAGGAUGAAGAUGAGCUUGAGUUUGAGAAGGGAGAGCUAAUAGAUGUCAUGCCUUUUGAUGAUCUUGAUGAACAGGACGAGGGAUGGCUAGUGGGUGUCAAAGUAUCUGACGGCAUGAAAGGUGUAUUUCCAGAGAACUUCACGAAACGUGUCGACUAGUUCGGAUCUCUUUAUGUGCACGUUGCAUCAGACAUUGAAAUCAAUUAAUUAUUGUGAGACUUGGUGGUCACUUCAGACAACUGACAUGCACAACGUUGUCGUGCCAGUGAGGCACGCAUUCGUUUGAUUGCAUAUGAUUGCAAACAAAUGUUUGUAGACAUGGAGUAAAAUGUAAUUGGUUUUAAACUACCUGUGUUCAGGAUCAAUAGAGAGUUGAAUUGACAUGAAGUUGAUGUA